GGUUUCACCUCGCCAGCUCCGAGCCGGCCUUUGGCUUUUCAGCGGGGUCGUCCCCGUCGUCCUUUCCCCUUCCUCCCCCCCAGCGGGAAGUGCCAGAGCCGCGUUGCCCUCCCUGCCGGCCGGGAGCGCGGGGAGCCGUGGGGCGGGCCCGGGUGCCCGGAUGUCGAUCAAAAUGAGCGUAAUCGCGGGCGGCGGCAGCCAGCCCGGGCUGGGCACCGCGGGGCGCGGGCGGCCGGCGGCUCCGCCACGGUCCUGAGGGGACGGAGAAGCGGGCAGGGAGGCGGCCGGCAAAUGGAAGAGAAGGUUUCGGCAGGGGGGUAGAGCCGGGGACAGAGCUCAUGGAUAGAGGACGCUUGGCGGUGUGAACUUCGCGAUGGCUGCCCAGUCGAGCUUGUACAACGAAGACAGAAACUUGCUGCGUAUUCGAGAGAGAGAGAGGCGGAAUCAGGAGGUUCUGCAGGAAAAAGACAAGUUUCCUGAGAAGACUCCUCUCUUUGCAGAGCCCUACAAGACUAAUAAAGAAGAUGAGUUGUCAAGCCGAAUUCAGAACAUGCUGGGCAAUUAUGAGGAGGUCAAGGAGCUCAUCAGCAACAAAUCCCAUAAGAAACUCAUAGGGAUUCCAAAAAGUGUUGCUUCUCUGAUCCCCCAAGGAAGGCCUGAUCGCCCAUACUUCCAUAAAAAGACCAGCCAUACACUACCAUCUUCAUUCCACCGCACAACCCGUCAUCCACCCAUGGGACCUACGGUUGUAGCUCCUCCCCCACCAAGCCAAUCCAUUCACCACCAAAAGGCACAAUCAAGAACAGAACCAGCCUCAGGUUUGGAUGCCAAGAGUCACAGCUUAUCCAAUGGUCAGAGCCAAGGUCAAGAACACAAUCAUGGUAGCCAGGAAAGUCACGCAGGUUUUCACCACAAGAGAAAUGACAAGCAUGCAGUUGGUGAAGGUCAUGCUAGUGAACCACAGACCUCCCUUUUGGCGCUUUCUCCAUUAAGGACAGCCUCAUCUUCUUCAGUGUCACCCCUGUCACCUCUACAUUCCAGCCAGCAUAUGAAUUCCAGGUCACAGAACAACAGCAAAAGUCAUAAGCCAACCUACAGUGAAACAAAACCAUCUCAGGACCCAGGGACAGGAUCACAGGAGAAGGAAAGUUGGGACAGCUCAGCCAUUAAUCUGACUGGCACCACUCAGCCUUCCUCUCAGACUUUUCCCCCACCUUUGCCAUCAAAAACCAGUGCAAUGCAGCAGAAACCAACUGCCUAUGUCAGACCAAUGGAUGGCCAAGAUCAGGCACCAGUUGAAUCACCGGAGCUCAAACCUCUCCUGGAGGAAUACCACAGAGAACCCUGUGAAGAAAUCUCGGAUUUGAAGGCGAACGCCAAAGCCAAACUAUCCAAAUUGGAAAUUCCUUCUGAGCCUGCAGAGCAAACCUUGCCCAGUGAUCUCCACUCCAUUGAAGAAAUUUUGAAGGAAAUGACCCACUCAUGGCCACCUCCCCUGACAGCUAUUCAUACACCUAGUACAGCAGAGCCCUCCAAAUUUCCUUUCCCAACAAAGGAAUCACAGCAUGUUGAAUCUGUAGCACAGGAUCAGAAACAGUAUGACACACCUUCAGAAACGUUGCCUAGUUCUCAACCAAGAACAUCAACGCUCCAGGACGACCUGCAGCUCAGUGAUAGUGAAGAGAGUGGUGACGACCAAGUUGUUGAAAAGCCACCUUCUUCACUCCCUCCUCCAAGUGCCCUACAAUCCCAGCCCAAGAGUGUGGCAUCAGCACAUUCCAGCAGCCUGGAGUCAGGGAGCACCAGUGACUCAGACAGCUCUUCAGACUCCGAGACGGAGAGCAACUCGAGUGACAGUGAAGCAAACGACCCUCCGAGAGCAUCAGCACCUGAGCCCGACCCACCAACUUCUAAUAAAUGGCAGCUCGACAACUGGCUAACCAAGGUGAACCCACCAGCAGUGCCAACAGAGAGUCUCAGCGAAGUUGCCCAUGGGGAGGAUGGACAUGAGGAGAGCAAGGAGCAGGAGGAGGGCGUCAGCAGCAACUCCUCUCACCAGCACGCUGAGCUGAGGGAGCCCCAUCACAAGAGCUCCAGCCAAGCAGCCAGGUCUCCUCAGGAUGCUCAUCUUCCGACCGAACACAACUGCCAGAAGUCUCCUGUGCAUGGCCAGGAGCCCUCGCCCAGACAGACUGUGGGUAUCAAAAGGCCCAGCAAGGCCCCAGUGCAAGAGGGGCCCAAGGAGGGCCUGAAGGUGGAGAGUGACCCUGGACCUUUUGAGGUCAGAGACCAGUCUUCCAGAGACAAGCCAAAAGUCAAAACGAAAGGGAAGCCAAAAUCCAGUGACAAGAAAGACCUGAAGCCGGCACUGCAAGAACCCUCUGAGAACAGAAAGCACAAGAGCUCCCACCAGGCCAACGCCAAACCCUUCUUGGACCCCAAGCUCAUGAGAGAUGUUUUGCUUGGCAGUGCCCAGGAGCAUCUCGCUCUCAAUCCCCUUCCUCAAGGCCAGGGCCCACCCCCCACCAGGACUAGUGGCCACAGGCCUGCCGUCGUGGCCAGAGAGGAUUUUCACAAGGAGAAACCUCCCUUGCCUGUCAGGGAGAAGUUGCUCUCAUCAGUGAAGGACUCCCCCGCCCCUCGGUCCCUUGUGGUGAAAAUAGAUCUCCCUCUCUUGUCAAGAGUCCCCCAGCCCCCUGGGAAAGGCAAUGACCAGAAGAGAGCAGAGGCCAAGGAACUCCCUGGUGCAGGGAAGCAGGACUCGGAGAAGAAAACCACAGACAUUCCUGAUCAGUCCCUACAAAAGAGGAAGAGGGAAGUGGAGGAGAUCGAUAGGAAGAAAAUUAAAUCAGAAAAAGAAAAAUCAUUGCAGUCUUCAGCUAACAAAGACUCCAAUAAAUUGAAAGCAUCAAAAGCUUCAUCUGAAACUCAGAAGAAAGAUCUCCUGCUACCCCCACCACUGCCACGCAUGUCUCCUGCAGAUCCUUCACCAAAGUCAACCAAGAUGGCCCAAAAGAGACCCAGAAGUGAGAGCGGUGAGCCACCUGCCGUGGAUAACACUGCCAAGAACAAAAGCAACCACAAGAGUCCUUUGUUCUCCAAGCACAAGAAAGAGGAGGAAAAUCACGCUGAACUGUCAAAGGGCAUCAAAGGAUCUACAGGGGACGUCACAAAUCCUUUCCCAGUGCCUUCUUUGCCAAAUGGUACCUCCAAGCCAAGGAGACCUCAACUCAAGGUUGAAAAGCAGCAUUCAAUAGAAUACUACAUAGAAGAGGCCAAGAGGCUGAAGCACAAAGCUGAUGCGAUGACCGACAAGACUGGAAAGGCCUUUCAGUACCUAGAUGCUGCCCUUUCCUUUAUUGAAUAUGGGAUUGCCUUGGAAUCGGAUGCACCAGCACCAAAAUCAGCUUACAGCAUAUUCAGCGACACCAUAGAUCUCAUCAAAUUCGUCAUGACAUUAAAAUCCUUUACGGACUCCUCAGCAUCUUCACAUGAAAAAACCUUUGCUGUGUUAUGCAUGCGCUGCCAGUCCAUUCUGCACAUGGCAAUGUUCCGUUACAAAAAAGACACUGCAAUGAAGUAUUCCAGGAUCCUGAAUGACCACUUCAAGAGUUCUUCCAGAGUUACACAAGCACCUUCUCCAUGUGUUGCAAGAAGCACAGGCAUGCCUUCUCCUCUCUCUCCAAUGCCCUCUCCUGCCAAUUCUGUGAGUUCUCAGCCAGGAUCGAAUGCUAGCAACUGCAGUGGCAACAGCAUUGGCUCUUCAGUCACUGUCCCUUGUAAUAUCCCAAACAUCACCUCUUCCUACGUCAACAUCACUUCCUAUAUCCUCUAUGCCUAUGAUAUUUGGGAAAAGGCUGAUGCACUGGCCAGGAAGAAUAAGGAGUUUUUUGCUGAACUCAGCACAGCGACGUGCGCUCUGGCACUGAACAGUAGCAUGGCCGAACUGGUACACUACACUAGACAGGGUUUACAGUGGCUGAGACUGGAAACAAAUACGCCUUAACUGGUGCUCAAGGUGGUUAAGUACCUUGAACUUUUUUGCACUUUUGAAGCCUCAGAAACAGUCUGACUUGUUGAAUGGAUAAAAAUUGGAUAAAAAGCACCUGCAAGGGAAGAUAAAUUGAGGUGGGAGGAAUCUGGUUACACUGGAAAAACUUUGAAUUGUGUUUUUAGGGCAGUGCUUUGCUGCCUUAUAAAAAAAGAGACGGAGGAAAGCCUCAGUAUCAAUGGCACCUUCCUUUAAAACGACAAGAAGUGCAAUGAAUUGUCUGAAUGGCUCAGUGUAUUGAUGGUCUAUAAACAUUUCUAUUAUGAAUAACCAGCAGGACAAUAAUCACACAUGAAGAAGUGCCGACAAGAAGGAAAUACGCCUCCAGAGGUUAUUGUGCAACACCCCACAGUCUGCAACAGUUGUGUGCCGAGAUGUCCAAGAAGUGUUUUUGCAAGCACGGAUGCAAUCUUUGGUGUCUUUGUUCCUCAGAUGGCAAGUAGCAACCUCAUCAGCACCGAACAGCGUUACGUUACAAUAAAAACAGCAAAGUGGUCUGCCUCGCCUGCUUUCCAACCUCACCUUCUUGCAUUUAUCAGCCAGCUGCUCUCCUGAGAAUUGGGGGAAGCCUCUGCCUUCAGUGCUGCAAGUUCACUUUUUAAGUCGUUGCUGCUUUGGUGGUCCUCCUUGCCACGCACACACAUGCCCUUAGCACUUGAACUGUUUACUUAGGGUCUUGGUCGGUUUAAGCCUUGCAAGCCAAACACAGUUGGGGCGGCAAAAUGACCAGGUGUGGUUGGAAACAGCUCUGCCUGUCUUUUGUGGUGGAGGGAUGUCACUCACACCGAGGGCUCCUUGUCCGGUUGCUUUUUGUUGUUUCAGUGAGUUGGGGGGUGGGCGGCUGUACUGUGUCGCUGUGAUUGCUUGGACAUUUCCGAGUCUGAGAGCAUACGUGGGGAGGAGUUGCUUCUGUUUAAGGAGGGACUAAGUGGCUGAAUGUGGAACAUAGGACAAAUUUUGCAUUUGGAUAUUCGCCUGCAACCACUGCUGGUCUUGGUGAAUAUCUGAGAGCAGGAUUUGGUGCCAAAGUAGGGCAUCCGUCGCGUGGGAGGUAAUUCAUGUGCUCUUUCUCAACCAAACUGCAGGAUGAGCCCAGCAACUUAGAAAUCUGUCAAGGGAACACGAAAGGGAAUAAUUAGCUGUUCACAAGCAUUUUUUCCUUGUCAGGAGCUGCGUUUUUGAAAUUGUGAUUUUGCAGGUGACAGUAACAGUGAAGGCAGCAUCUGCAGCAUUCGUGUAUUCAAUAAGAUGACACCUUUCUCUACCCAAAGAUUUCCUGUUGUGUGACAGCAGCGUCCUGCCGUCCUCGUAUCCAGUAGUGUGCCUUAUCCCUCUGGUCCCCCCUCGCGUCCCUUGCCCUGUCUCUGACAGACCCCUGGGAGUGGCGGAGAGAAGGAUGGUACCCCGGAAUAAUUGUGCUUACAGGAAAGAAUUGGCUCGCUUUUCCACAUAAUUUCAGGAAGGAGGAACAGCUCUGCACGCGUGCAGCGGCACCCCCCUUUGUAAAAUACCUACUCAUAGUUUUGAGGUUCACGAAAAUGGACAGGAAAUAAAUAUCAGCAAAAGGUCUGUAUUUCCAAAAGCGGUUUCCGCAGAAAUGGCCCCCGCCACGAGGAAGCCUGGAGUCAUCUUGGCUCUGGGAGGGGCGGGCGGGAGCUUGCUGUGGGCUCUGCCCUCCUCCCGAGCGCAGGGGAGCUCUCCUCUCGCCUCCCCUGGCAGCGCGGGACUGCCAGGGGCCUGGCUGGGUCUUCCCGUACCUUCAAGGGACUGUUCUUUUAUGUUUGAUUUAUUAAAAGCCUUAGUGCAUUUCAGGGAUAAGCUGUCCUAACCGGUGGAAGGAAGGUCCGUGUCCCGGGCUCCCCUUUCUACCCGCCAGACUUCACCUGUGCUUCUCCCCUAGGUCAGGGACAGAGGCGCUCAGCAUUAACCGUUUCGUUCUCAGGAAGCAUGGGGAUGGCCAGCCGGCCUGAAGGCUCGACGUGAGCUUUGGGGCUCAAUUCCAGACUAGUGGGUUGAUGCCGCCUUCUGACUUUGUCUUCAAACAAAGCUAUUUUUAGGAUCACCAGCUGAGGAGGAGAAAGGAAGGAAGAAAGCUUUCUUGAACCGAACCUGAAAACCGCAGUGGGAGGCUGCAAGAACCGUGGCAGAGCGUUAGGGGUAGGCGUGAGGUGAAGCAGGGACACGGGUCCCCCUGGUACUUUUAAUUCUGUGCGCACCCCUCUCCCUCCCUGCUGCCAGGCCAGGGUCCCGUGGGCGAGCCGCUUGCUCCCAGCUUGCCCGCUCUGGGGGCAGGGCAGGGCGAGGGGCUGCCCCUGUCCUGCAUCCAGCGCGGUCCAGCCCCCGGGCGCACCAGGUCCCGUCCCCGCCUGCCCUUUGGGCGCUUUGCUGCCCAGACGGUGAUCAGCUGUUGCCCUGCUCCUAGGAGAGCUCCCGCAAAGGGCGUCAGGCGAGCGAAGUCGGUAAGACGACGCCCAGUGAAGGCGGAUGAACUUCUGGCAUUUGGUGCUUUACAGCCGGGGAAAGGCAGCGCGUGUUCUGCGGUCGUGCGAGGGCAGCUCCCGCGCUCAGGGCAAACUCCCACGGGCUUCGGAACGAGGUCACGGGCAGUUCAUGUCGCAGGCGUGUGAGGGUCUGUGUGGGGGCUCGGUGGAAGCAUCAGUACCAAGCGACGUAGCAGAAAGCUAUGUUUGGUUUCAGGUCGUGGAGAAGACUGUUUAAAUAAUAGGUAAUAUUUAAAAAGCCAUCGUGUUUCAACCUUGAGCCAGGUCAGAGACCUGCAGAGGGUUAGGAAAGAUGCUCGUUGUUUUCACUUGGGCCUGUUCAGGCCUUUUAAAAAAAAAAAAAAAAAAAAAAAAACAAAAAACAAAAAAAAACAAGCCACAAAAAAACUCAAACCAAAACAUAACAGUGGAGGAAAUAGCAUUUGCCAUUAGGAAACAAAACCAUGAAUCCAAGAAAAAAGAAACAGAGGUGAUGGUUGAGUGCCAGGAGAGGAGGUGGCAAAGCAGCAUCAUUUCCAUGCAAUAUUUAUUUAGAAGAAAUAAUACAUGUCGAAAUUGUCAAAUGUUCUAUUUUUAGGAUGCCGUUUAUUUAAUAGCUGAAACCCCCACUUCAGUGGGGGCAGAGAUCUCUUCUGUAACUGAAAGUCACAAGUCUGGCUGCAAUGUCCUUGUUUUCAGUUUUGUCGUCUCCCCUCCCUCUCGGUUCCCCUUAUAAAUCUGUACAUCUUAAACUUAUUUUGGGAAUGUAUGUCCCUCUUGUAAAUAACUUUUGCUGCCCUGUGUGUGAUGGAAUUUCCGAGAUGGUUGAUUCAUUCAUAUGGGGAAAUAAACAAUAAAUGAAGUAGCCUGUUUGUUAUGAGUUGUUGCAAGAGUCCUCGUGUCCUCAGCUGCCUGUAGAGAAAUUGUAGUUUGCCUUUUCUCUCUGAAUGCUCUUAGUGUUUCCCUUCUGAAUGAGGUUUUAAGUAUGAAUUUCUGUGCAAGAAGUCUGUUUCAAUUGCUCUCCUGUUUAUCACCCCUUGCCCUUUCCUUCAGGAACAAGAACGGGUGCAAAUCUAGAUGCUCGGAGUGGCAGGAGGGUCACAACUCAGGACAUCAGCCUCCUGGCCCCCCCGAAACGGCUGCGGGGAAGGUUGUGCUGGGGUGACCCGCCGAGGGCCACCAGAGCCUGGCUCUGAGCGCCCACUGACGGGGGAGAUCCCGGGAGUUGGUUUCAUGCGGUUGAGCAAGGUAAACAGCACGGAGACAAGGCCCAGGGCCGGCGCCUGAAGCGCGCUGCUCUGCCUUUGUCACAGAAGGUGCUGCAGGGCCGGGCGCUGGGAGGAGGCUCUGCUCAGGGCUGGGCCAUGGAUGUGUUUCUGAAGUGCUGCCAGGGGGAUUUCCCUCAGGGAAUCCCACAGGGUUUCCUUCUCCGAGCUUCUUCUCGUUGCUUGUGCCGGGUGAUCCCUUUGCUAUGGCCUCGCGCUUCUUGACCGAGACUCUUCCCGCUUUUUGUUUUAUGUCUGGCAAUGUCCCUGCUCCUUGGAAGAAUGAUUUUUGCAUCUCUCCAUGCACUAUUGUGAUAUAAUUCGUGUGAAUAAUUCAGGUCUUUUCUGCAACAGGCAUUUGCACCUAAGAUGUUUGCUAAUAAUAGAUACGGUUUUCUAAUGUAUUUUUGCAAAUUGUAGAGGUUACUGAAACCUGUUUUAAUAACCACUACAUGUGUUGCUGUUACAGAUGUUGUGUAUAGAAAUGCACGCUUUUUUCGGGUCAGUGCACUUUUUCACUGCACUCUUAAAAUCCCAGUGGCAAAAUUGGUGUGGACAUAGGAAUGAAAGGAAGAAAUAUCUACUUAGUCAAAAAAAUGUCCCCAGACAAGCAUCUGGUGGGAUUUUUAGCUACAGACUAGAGACGAGGAACUUGGUGGUGCCUUUGGUCAGGCAAGGUGGGACUGGGACUCGGUUCACUGCCAUCAGUUGGGGUUUUCAAAUGGCACGAAACCAAGUCAGCCCCAAGCUGAUUGCCAGAUGCACGGAGGGUGAGAAGAGCACAUGGGAAGAUAGCUUGUGGUUGUGGCCAUUAAUAUCUGGAUUAAGCAUCUGUGUAUUUUUUUGUUCUGGUUUCGGUGGGAUGUGAGGGAUAGUUGGACGUGAGCUGUCCUGUCUGCUGGCCAGGCUGGAGCUGCUUUCCCUGGCUCCUUUGCAUCCUCUGUCCCACCAUCUCCUUCCCCCUCGCACCCCAAGAGGUAUGUUUCCCACGUUUCUUGCCUGGGGCAAAAGCAAGGAGGGUUAGUUUUGGAGGUGGGAUGGAGAUGGGGAGUGGAAGGGGUGCAGAGGAAGGAGGUGUGAUGUGCCAGGGAGGGAGAAGGGGGAGCAGGAGAUGGUGGGGCUGCAGCAGGCAUUGGCCGCCCUGCUCAGCUUUCUGCCCAGGGCAGCGGCUCCCCUUGGCUAAAACAGCCAAAAAAAAAAAAAAAAAAAUUGGGAUUGUUUUCCAAUAAUAUUUUGUUGUUGUUUUUUGUUUAUUUAUUGAGCCUUUAUUGACCAAGCCUAACUUGGCAACUGUGUUUAAUUUAUUUCGAGAUUUGCUAUCCAUUAUAGAUGACCCCGCUUCCUCUCUUUGGCUUGGCUUAUCCUUUCCAAAGACAAAUGUUAUUUUUGGCAAAACAGCUGCAUAUUAAAGUAGCCUGCAGUUUCUCAGCCCUACGCUGCUCUCCAAAUGCUAAGACAGCCCAUUGGCAGCCUGUGCUCUUUUUAUAUUAAUUGCACUUUUAGUAACCCCUGUCACUACCCAAAACCAAUAGUGUUCCUGGGCCAUCAUCCGUGUUUCUGAACGUGUUUCCGUAAACUCUGUGUUCCUGCAACGAGGACUUGUGCAUGUUACAACGGCAGCAUGCAGUCGCUGCUCUUUUGCAAUGUGUUUUGUCAAGGUACAGAGUUCCUGGAAUUUCUGACAGGUUUUCCUCCUCUACUGCUCAGUAUAGCUGAGGUUAAGGUUUUCUUUGGGUCCAGUGUUUCAUAUCACAGCAGUACAGCAAUGCUGUCCACUUUGGUUGAGCCAGCAAAACGGCAUCCCAGCCAAUAGCUUUUUUUUUUUUUUUUUUUCCUGUUCUCUUUCCAUAUUUGAAGGCACAUAUCAGCCCGUAUGUGAUCUGUGGCGGCUGAAAGGUAUUUCUGAAAGUUGCUCCAACCUGUGCAACUUUUUGCUUGUUACGCGUGAGGUGCAGCAGGCUCUGAACUUGCCCAGGAGCUCGGAGAAGAGCUAGUUAGGAUUCGGGGUUGGUCUUUUUGCUUUGUCUUGUUUUUCCAGAGGGCCCUGGGAAACGGGGUUGAGCAAGCCGCGAUCUGCAAUCUGCAGAGCAGGGCAGAAGCUGAGGUUUUCACGGGUGGCGUUGUCUUUGCAACGUGCAUGCAUACGGUGGUGCCGUGGGAGGGCUCACGUCAUCAGGCUCCCAGGCGGCACGGGAGCUGUGGCACGCUGGGCAGACCGCUGCCUGUCUGUUCAGCUGCUGACCUCCCUGUCCUUGCAUUUCUAGGUCAUUUCUGUGGGAUUUUUAUUUCAACCGUUAUCAUAUGGGGUUGGGGAUUUUUUUUUUUUUUUCACCUCGCUUUACUCAUCAUCUUGGAGCGUAAAUGAAAUCUGCGAUUCUCGGUGAAAAUGUCCUUAAAAAGUAAUUGGCAGGUUUCCUGAACGUGGAACCCUGGUCUUAAACCUGUUAAAUGGUCCUUGUCCUGUGGGGAGUGACACUCCAGUCCUCCCUCUCACAGCAGCUCUUCACGUGCUGGGACACAGGAGUGGCCUGGAUGCAGGAGAGGUGCAACGUCUUAGAGCCCCGUGGAGAAAUGAGGAUGCCCAACCUCUCGCAAAAUGGUCUUCAGUGGGAAAAGAUGUGCAAAUAAGUGAGGGGAGGAGACUGCUGCGUUCGGCUUCAGCACUGAAUCCGCACUCUGACGCUUCUGUGAAUUGGAACUACCUGCCUUUUACAGUCUUUUUCAAAGACAAAAAUCGGAUCUGUGAUACAGCUUAAAAAAAAAAAAAAAGUAAAAAAAAAAAAGUCUCUCCAAAGAAAUGGUGCCACAGAUCUUUUGUUUUUGUAUUCUGUACUGAGGAUGAAUUGCUGCGUGUGUGUAUGUGUGUGUAUAUAUAUAUAUAUAUAUAUAUAAAAAAGAAUUAAAAUAUGAAUUUUGA